AUGGGUGCGAUUUGGCUUCAAGUUCCAGCGCUGGCAGCUGUUAAAGCUGCAGAAGGAGGAAAAAUACGAAUAGCUAAAGGACAUACCCGUAACAGAUGCCCCCCAGACAACGUGGAUCUGUCUUCGCACUGUUACAACUGUGGAGAAACCGACCACAAAGUAGAAACAUGUACUAGGAAAGCAUGCUGCCCAAUUUGUAAGGACAGAGGCUUAAAGGAUCAUAGAGCGAGCAGUCCUGAAUGCCCGCCCAGCCCCCCCGUUAAGGGCAGGUCAACUAACGUUAAUCACUCUGGCGGGGCUCAGGAUCUACUCAUUCACGUGACUGAGUGGAGAACGAGCCUCGUCAUUGUGACGGAGCCCUACUACGUACCAGAAAAUUCCAGGUGGGCUUUCCUCAGUUCGGUAGCCUCAUUACUAGAUCCCAACAUUGGAAGACCAGUGUUACUGCUAGGUGACUUCAACGCUAGAUCCCUACAAUGGGACAAGAAGAGCUCAACUAAAGGCAAAAUACUAGUAAACUGGGCUGCUGGUAGAGGUCUCAUUUUGGUUAACAAGGACACUACGUCCACAUGUGUGAGAUCACAAGGCCGAUCAACUGUAGACCUUGCAUGCGCAAACCCAGCUAUGCUCAGUAAGAUAAAAAAUUGCUAUGUAGACCUGGAAACUCCUACCGCCUCAGAUCAUCUAUAUAUUAAAAUAACUCUAGGAUCCACCCUCGAUCGGGUGAAAAAUAGAUUAAGGGAAUCCAGACUCCGUUUUCCCAAAUGGAAUGGCAAAAAACUGAACAAUGAUCGUUUAAUGGCCGCGAUCAUAGCCAAAACAUGGAUUGACAGAGAGCAUCUGGAGAAGGGUGCAGUGGAACAGGCUUCCUGGCUAGACAAUACAUUGUGUGAGGUUUCUGAUGUAGCAAUGCCGAGAAUUAGAAAGAACAGGCAGAAUAACACAUACUGGUGGUGUAAAGAAGUAGCUACACUACGAGAAAAAUGCAUAAAAACAAGAAGACUACUCACGAGAAUAAGAAAAAGAGGAUCAGAUGACAUAAGAAUCUAUGCAGAACGACAACACACAGAAGCACAAAGAAACCUGCGAUUAGCUAUAAAGAAGAUCAAGAACAAUGCAUGGAGAAAACUUUUGGAGACGAUUGACCAAGAUCCCUGGGGACGACCUUUCCAAAUAGUAACAAGAAAGAUAAAACCCCAGACCAUGCCGAUAGUCGCUGCACUUCCGCCAAACACUGUGGAGAAGGUACUCAAUGUACUCUUCCCGCCGGGUGAUAGAUGCCGAGAACCUCAUAGAGAACAAAUUGUUUGGCAGGCAGACUGGAACGUCCAAGAAUUAGGGGUGAAAUCAGCCCUGAAAAAAAUACAGGGAAAUAAAGCCCCAGGCCCAGGAGGAGUGCUUGGAUCAGUGAUAGUUGGUACGUCCGAACACUUGCUCUCUGCCUAG